AUGAAGGCAAGAAAAGCAAAGGAUGGCAAAGUCCAAGAGAAAAAGAGGGUGAGCGAGAAGGAUGAGAAGAGUAAGGACACCAAGAGAGCAAGGUCAGACAGAGACCAAAGCCCUGACUACACCCCGCUUAACACCACCAGGACCAAGAUCCUUAUGGAAGUCUACGACCGAGGCCUACUACAGUGGCCUAGACUAAUGUUCACAAAUCCUGAGGAUAGAAACAAGAACAAAUACUGUAAGUUCCACAGGGAUGUCGGGCACAAUACCGAGAACUGCAGGCAAUUGAAGAGAGAAAUAGAAGAUGUGAUACAGAAGGGUCACCUGAAGCGAUAUGUGAAGGAGGACAUAAAGGACAACCCCCGAGGUCACAAUGCCAUGAGGAAUGGCCGGGUAAGGGACGACAGAGCUCGUAGAGGAGACGAUCGAGAGCGCCAAGGACAGGAGUCAGCCCGUAGAGCCAAGGCAAAAGCGAGGUUCGUGGCUGUGGCUAAAGUCCCUGAGAAGAAAGCGUGCACUAAGUUCGUCAUCACAUUCUCAAACAAGGACAUGGAGGGGCUGAGCUGGCCACACGACGAUGCUGUCUUGGUUCAGGCAGUUAUAGCCAAUAGAUCAGUCCAUAGGAUACUAGUGGAUACGGGGGCAUCUGUAGACAUGCUAUCCUACGAUGCGUACCUGCAGUUCGGGUUUGAGCCAGGCACUUUGAAGCCCGAGUCAACACCCUUAUACGGAUUUUCAGGCACACCUACCCCGAUCGAGGGGUCAGUAGAGCUCUUACGGACGGUGGGAACGACACCAUGCCAGAAGACCGUAAAAGUCAAUUUCAUGGUCGUUCGAGUAGCCACCGCUUACAACGCCAUCCUGGGCAGACCAAGCUUGAAUGAGCUGGGCACAGUAGUUUCCACCAAACACCUGAAAGUCAAGUUCUCUACCCCUGACGGCAUGGGAGAAUGCAAACAGAGCAGAAGAAAGCCUGGGAGUUUCACGCUGCAUUCUUGA